AUGAAGGCGAGGCUUGGGCGCUUCAAGUCACAAGUCAUGGAGGCGUGGCAAAUGCCUCUGCAGCAGAAUGAUUAUGACUGCGGCAUCUUCGUAUGCCAGUACAUUCAAGCGCUAGUGGAGGCAUGCUUCGAAGGCGUUGAGCAUGGGGUGCGGUUCAGCAUGAGCCCACUGGCAUACCGGCGUGUCAUGCAGGAGGAUGUGUGCGCCCUGGCAGAAGGACGGCUGAUCGGCGAGCUCACGGCAGCUGGGCAUGAGAUCCCUCCUGGCAAUGAGAUUAGGAAACCACCUGAGCUUGAGGUGAUUGGUGAUGAGGUGGAGGAUAGGGAGUGGAGAGCGGAGAUGGCAGAGCGGAUGCAUAGGCUGGAGGUUCGCAAUGAGAGUCAGGCAGUGGCUAUUGCCAAGCUCGAGAGGCAACUGCGUGAGCUGAUGCUGUCCCGUACUCCACAGCCGGGCAUUGGCGGUGUCGAUACAGGGGAGGGACAUGGUGAUGUGGGAGGGGACGCUGCAGGAGAGGGACAUGUUGAUGUGGGAGGGGACGCUACAGGGGAGGGACAUGGGGAUGCGGGAGGGGAUGCUGUAGGGGAGGGACAUGGGGAUGUGGGAGGGAACAACGCUGGCACACAUGACAGCAUGAGAGGUGCACAUGGCGAGGGUCCUGUGGCUGACGUUGAGACGGGUGUAGAUCUUGGAUGCCGCAAAAGCAUAUGCGGCAGCCGCCCACAUUUGCCGACCGUCCCUCUCCAGCUCAACGAUGGUGGAGUUGAGCGUGGAGGAGAGGCGGUGCUUGGAGGGACUGACGGCGCAUGGGGUUGCAAGGAUAGUGGAGGCCAAGCGGUGGGCAGAGUGGAGGAACUGGCGAGAAGUGCUCGGCAGCCUCCCUGA